UUUAAAUUCUUUUUUGUGUCAUUCCUUGCUAUGUAUCCUCAAAUUUUUCAGGAAUGAUGAAUUUUCCUCAACCAGUGAGCAGUAGUUUGUCUCAGUGACAUCAGCUCAGCAUGUUCUGGGUUCUGGCUGACCAGGUACAAGAAAAGUGGAAACGCACUCAUAGCCGCUAGCUAUCGCAAAAGUGCAAGAGCAUAACAGUUGUGAAUGUUGGCGUGACCUGGGUCACGGUGAAGGAGCUCAACGGGAUUCAACAAAGACGUGUGACGUCGGGAUGCCUGGUGUUGCACUUGGCUCCACUUAAGCGUUUAAGGCAGCACCAAUGCUUUGCGUUGCCUUGCUUGCUCUCUUAAAGCUCUGCUUUCAAGGAUUAGCCUCCAAGCAUCCAUCUUCAAAAGCACACUAUUCCCCAGCACGGCUCUGUUCGAGCUUGCGCCGUUUGCCGCCUCCUUCAGCUAGAGAUUGUCGGAAACUGGACAAGUCUGUCGAGAGAGUGAAUUAAAUUCAAGCUUGACGUUUUAAUGCGAAGCUAGAUAAAGCCUUCGAGUGAGAUUUAUGGCCUUCACUGACAUUUAUUGACGGCAUUCACUGGACUCUUUGUUUGUUUGUUGUUUCAAUAUGAACCGUUCUGCGAUGUUAUCCGGCUGAAAUGAGCAUUGGCGUUUGAUCUUUUCAAGAAAGUAUGGGAAUAGGCAGUUCCUUUGCACCAAGAUCUGAUCAAAUCUUUACCAUAAGAGUAAGCUUGGCACCGAGGCAGAACCUCCCACGGUUCAUCCUCAAAGGAAUCUUCCAGGGGGUUAAGGUGGUUCGUGGACCUGACUGGGACUGGGGCAACCAAGACGGCGGGGAGGGUAAGGUUGGGAAGGUAGUGGACAUUCGUGGCUGGGAUACGGAGUCUGGUCGCAGCGUGGCUAGCGUGACCUGGACUAAUGGCACCACCAAUGUCUAUCGAAUGGGGCAUAAAGGCAAAGUGGACCUCAAAUAUGUGUCUGACGGCCAAGGGGGUUUCUACUACAAAGACCACUUGCCAGUACUUGGAGAGCAUGCGGAGCUGCAGCGCCAGGAGAGUGCUGAUGGCCACUCUUUCCAGCAGGGUGACAAAGUCAAAUGUCUCUUGGAGGUGGACAUUCUGCGGCAGAUGCAGGAGGGCCACGGGGGUUGGAAUCCCAAAAUGGCAGAGUACAUUUGCCGGAUCGGGACAGUUCAUAGAAUCACUGACCGGGGGGAUGUCAGAGUCCAGUACAGCAACAACAUCCGCUGGACUUUUCAUCCGGGGGCCCUUACCAAGGUGAACACGUUCGGGGUUGGGGAACUCGUGCGAGUAUUGGAGGACAUAGAUAGUGUCAAGAGGCUGCAGGCCGGCCACGGCGAAUGGACAGACAGCAUGGCUCCCGUGGUCGGCCAGGUCGGUAAGGUGCUGAAAGUAUACGCGGAUGGUGACCUCCGUGUGGCGUUUGGAGGCCAGACUUGGACGUUCAACCCGGCGUGUCUUUCGGCCCAGCAACUGGAGAUGGACGCCAACCUCAUGACGGCCGAGAACCCCAACGAAUCUGGAAGUACGGUCAUUUCUGUGUUGGAGAAACUGCUGUCUCAGUCCACAGAGCAGGACAAUCCCAGUCGGCUGGUCAUUGAGGCAGCACACGGCAGUGCCAAUAAAGUCAGAGAGUUGUUGCAGAAGUAUCCUGAUAAGGUGGACAUCAAGAACCAGGGCAAAACUGCACUGCAGGUCGCUGCGCACCAAGGCCACAUGGAGGUUGUGAAGGCCCUGCUCCAGGCCAACGGUGCCGUUGAAGUCAAGGAUGAAGACGGAGACACCGCAUUACACUACACGGCCUUCGGUAACCAGGCAGAGAUUGCACGGCUACUGUUGAGUAAGGGAGCAAACGCGAACCUCUUGAACAACUCCAUGUGUACGGCGCUCCACAUUGCCGUCAACAAGGGCUUCACAGAUGUCGUGCGCGUGCUCACUGAACAUUCGGCCGACGUUAAUCUCCAGGAUUCCUACGGUGACACUCCUCUGCACGAUGCCAUUGCUAAAGAUUUCCGCAAUAUCAUCGAGAUUCUUGUUGCGGUGCCCAACAUUGACUUCACUCAGCAGAACCACAGAGGAUUCAACCUCUUGCAUCAUGCUGCUCUCAAAGGAAACAAACUAGCCACGGAGAAGAUUCUCGGCCGAGCACGACAGUUGGUGGACGUGAAGAAGGAGGACGGCUUUUCCGCCCUGCAUCUGGCCUCCCUCAAUAAUCACCGGGAUGUCGCUGAGAUCCUCAUUAAGGAGGGACGCUGUGACACCAACAUCCGCAACAACCGCAACCAGACUCCGCUGCAGCUGGCGGUGUCGCAGGGCCACACUGAUCUGAUCCUGCUUCUGGUGGUCGAAGGCGCCGACGUGAACAUGGAGGACGAGGAUGGCGACACCGCCAUGCACGUGGCUCUGCUGCGACCGCAGCUGGCCAAUGUGAUGCUCGGGCCCAACGUAGGAAGCAGUGGCGGCGGCGGCGGCGGCACUGAGGAGAGCGGGGAGAGUUGCUCCUCAACGUCUCUCUACUCCAGGCUCAAUGCCUCGGGCCUUCUCGGGAAUACCGAGCUCAGUGUUGGAGUGGCAAUCGCUUGCUUCCUGGCGCAGGAAGGGGCUGACAUCGGCUAUGCCAACCACAAGGGGAAGACCCCCCUGGACCUGGUGGCGGACGGCGCCAUGCAGCAGCUCAUCAAAAGCUUCUCGGAGAAGUACAGAUUGCAACGCCUGCAAGCCGUGACGUCUGGCCAGGGCCCGAGCGCUGCGAACCUUCGUCGGGUUCACACUACGCCAAACACCAUGACCAAUCUGGUUCUUCCUACGUUGCCGGGUCCCAGCGAGUGCCUCAUCUGCUCCGAAUUGGCUCUGCUGGUUCUCUUCUGCCCCUGCCAGCACAGUGUGGCCUGCGAAGAGUGCGCCCAUCGGAUGAAGAAAUGCAUUAAAUGCCAAGUCACAAUCACCAAGAAAAUUCGACAAGACCAAACCGAAGUGGACUGCAGCCCCGGGACGGAGAACUCGGAGCAGCACAACCUGCUGGAGCAGCUCCAGUCUCGCUACCGGCAGAUGGAGGAGCGGAUCACCUGCCCCAUCUGUAUCGACAACCAAAUCAAACUGGUCUUCCAGUGCGGCCACGCCUCCUGCAUCGACUGCAGCGCCGUGCUCAAAGCUUGCCCCAUUUGCCGGCAGACCAUCCGCGAACGCAUCCAGUUGUUCGUCUGAGCCGCGGAGCGAGGAGGGAGAUGGUGCCUAGUAUUUCGCAGCCUGCCGAGAGCGACUCAUUCAUCAUUCGUCCCACCGUCGUCGUCUGCCGCCUUGCUAGUAAGGCCGCGUGGACUUAUUUUGCACUGUGGAAAGAACCCCCCCCCCUCCCUCCCCCCCGAGCCACCCGCUCAUUUGUCUGACCGCCGCUGCUUUUAUGUGGAUGUCCGUUACCCAUUGUCCUCCCUGGCUGGUUCGGACUCUGUUCUGUUUACACGGCUGCACAGAAUGAGUCCUCCCACUACUGCCCCCCGCCCUGUGAAUUACGUUUGCUCUCAUUUGGAUCUGGGAAGAGUCAUCAAUCAGUAUUAGUCUCCGCAGUGGGCGCAAUUAUGUCGUUUCCCAACCACUCGCCUGUUUGCAAGGGUGAGGGGUGGGGGUGGGGGGGUUACACAGUAUACAGUAUAUGCAUGAGUGUAUGCAUAUAGUAACACUAAAUGGGUCAUUUGUUGUGGUUUAUAUUUCUUUGUAAAGUACAGAUUUUUUUUAUUUAUGUGUGAAAGGUGGUAUUACUUUGUAAUGUCUUGGGGUUUGGUUUUGUUUUUUUUUGGUGGUGUUUGCUUGGAGGGGCGUAAAAAGUGUUUUUGAGUCUACUGAAAUACACCCCAAGCCUAUGUCCUCUUACUCAGGGUUAUCAAAUCUUUCAAAAAGCACUUGGGAUUAUCCAUAAAAGGUUCAAAGUCGCCGCUUCAUAUUGCGUCGCUGUCGGGAGCUGCCUAGGAACGGCAGACGUUAUCGACCUGAAAAAUGGCGUCAGUCGUGAGUGAAAUGAAUGUUUCUGCAACAAAAUGGAUGGACAUGUCCCUCUUCAAAAAAAAAAAAAAAAAAAAAACAAAACCGGAAAAAAAAAAAGAAAAAACAGCAGCAGCUCCCGACUAGCCCCGCCCACACUGUUUGUGUAUUUACCGCCCACCAGGGAACAUCCACUGUGGUUAUUGUGUGUUAUCGCCACCGAGCAGGAGAAUUCGUGUUUCGCUUUUGAUUGACCCAAUGUGUUGUAAUAUAGGAGAGUCGAAAGAAGACUGAGCCUGUUAGGUCAUUUACCUUUUCUGCUGGAGUCAUUUCAGAAGAAAAGCCCAUUUUCUUCUUUGGCGCUCUGGAUUGUACUCUCCAGCUUCUUUCUGCUGUCUUGGUGUGUUUCUUGAAGGGCUUCUGUCUAUGGAAAAAAAAAAGAAAAAAAUAUUUUAAUUUAAUUUUCAUUUUGUGUAAUUUCACAUCCAGGGAUGAGGAAGGUUUUGAUGAUUUAAUGUUUGGCUAUAUUGGACCCCCAUUUUGGGGGGGGAGCAAGUGUUUAAAUUUGUACAUUUUGAAUGUCGAGGUAGGGAUGACUUCAAAAAGUCAAAAUUUCCGCUAAUGUUAUUUUGAAGUCCAAAAUCGGGAGUGUCACAAGAGUGCUCAGUUAUAGGAGUACAAGGAAAGCUCACAGUAGGGAGCGCUUCUAUACUCGUUUCCAGACCGGAAGCAGUCCCACAUCAUUUGCAGCGUUUUCCAAGAACAAAUUUAAGUUAAUAAUUGAACUUUCUUAUUUAAUUUUUGAUUGAUCGUUGAAGGGUUUGCAGGACAAUGCUAUAAGGUUAAGAAGAAAACAAAAUGGUGAUUUUAUUUUAUUAGUUUUUUUUUGUGUGAUCUAAACCAUCCCUCGACGGAGGUAGCUGUGACAAGCCGGAAUCAAUUGAUGUAUAAAAGAAGAAUAUUAAAGCAGCAAAUGUUAUUUUUGGUGUUUGUACAGUUCACCUCUCAGAGUUCUGAUGUUGGCCUUACUGUCUCUCCCCCCUUUUGUUCAUGUUUUCUCAGUUUCUGCACAAUAAUAUUUUGCAAUAAAUAUGGAGCACUUUUUUAAGGACA